AUGUUAAAAUCAAAGUUAGAAUCCCUGGAGAAAUCCACAUACAAACCAAUGGUUGAGAAAUUCCUGAUAAACUCAGCACCCGAUGACCUCUUCACCGGCGUCAAGGACUCGUAUGACGAAUACAAAAUAGAACACCGAUCUGGGGACGUCAAUUUCGAUAGCAUCCGAAAAAAUCUGAAGUUACCUGAUAAUAAACAUAGAAAAUUCACCACUGAUAAAUUUGAAAGCAUCAGAAAUAACGAAGAGUUUAAGAGAAUAUAUGACUCCUUGGGUAGAAGACACAACUAUGAUAACCAUGACCAUCUAGAUAAUGGGCAAUAUCACUCAAAGAAUAUUGACGAUCAGAAUAGUGAGGAUACGGAUAGUGACGAUCACGAUAAUGACGAUAAGGAUAGUGACGAUAGGGAUAGUGACGAUCAGAAUAGUGAGGAUACGGAUAGUGACGAUCAAGAUAAUAACGAUAAGGAUAGUGACGAUAGGGAUAGUGACGAUAGGGAUAGUGACGAUCAGAAUGGUGACGAUCACAAUGGAGACAGUUACGAUGAGGACGACAACUAUUAUCAGAGGAGGAGUUACUACCAAUCUCGACGAAACGCCCAUGGAAGACGAGAGAAGAAGUCCCAAUGUGAUUAUGACGGAAACAGAAGGAGACCUAGAUUUACAAAGGGAGCAAGACACGAUGUAGAGGACAAUUUCAGGAAUGCGAUAAGACAAGUGAGGACCACUGACAGGGAGGCAAAACAACCGUGGAGUGGACUAUCUGCUAGAAGGUUCCAAAGACAGGACGAUUAUCAGAAUGAUAAAAUAACAAGGGUUCAACAUAGGAGGAAGUCAUUUGGUGACACUAGAAGUGACUGUAGCAAGAAAGAGGAAUCAUCCAAUUCGAUAAAGAACUUUUUUAAAAACAUCAACAAGAAAAUCGAGAAUGAAUUACUGCGCUCUAUAUUCUCUCACGCAGAAGGCAAUAAUAAGUAUUCUUAA